AUGUUCUCAUUCUCCUUAAUUUUAAUUAUUCAACUCCUUCAAUUAAUUUUUGCUUCUAAAAAUAUUUUUUCUGAUAUUACAACUUCUCUAAAUACAAAAUUAGAUCCCUGCAAAGAUUUUUAUAAAUUUGUUUGUGACGGAUUUGAAAGAAAAAUUAAAGUUUCAGAAUGUUAUGAAAUUAGUAAUGCAGCGACAAGGAAAGCUGAAGUAGAUGAUCAACUAGAAUUGAUACUAAAAACUACAAAAUCACCACCCCCAAAUCUCUCAAAAGGUCUAAAACAAUUAUUUCAAAAAAUGUUUGAAUUUCAUCAUUCUUGUAUGACAUGGUCUGGCAAAGAAUUAUUUGGAAGUAAUGCUGUAUUAAAUAAAUUAGAAUUAUUACAUACUGAUGGAAAAAUGAAAAGGCCACAAUUUAAUACAGAAUGGGGAAUUAAGGCAUUUCCUGUCGGUGGAUUUUUUCAGCUGGUUACUAUAUUCGAUACAAGGAAGGGUCGAACAAAUUUAGAAAGGAAAAUUGUAGGUAAGUGA